AUGACCCAACCAUACCGUCCAGACCUUAGUACCCCACCACCCCUUCCGGUCAGAGCAUGGGAAGUGCCGCUACCUCCGAUCCACGAUGAAGAGGGCAGAUUCUUGGUGGAUCACGAAAAAGAAGAACUGGGACUUACGAUUCAUGGCACCGAGGGCGAAGACAGGCAGCAGGAUAUGGUCGAGUCUACCGAUGCAGCCACCAGUCCGUCCUCUCCGAAGCGCGAGCGUGUCUAUCGCACUACGCUCCCCGUCCGUCCGCGCGACGCCGAGGGCGGGCUUCAGUUGGAACCACCGGUCAUAAAGGAAGAUUCGGAGGAUACGGAUUCGGACAGCGAGACCGUCACCGGUCAUGAGUCUGACUCAGAUGCGGAAUAUGCCAUUGCGGACGACGAUUUCGAACCGGCGUCACCGCGUGCUCGCAGGCAUCUGGCAUCUCAUAACGGCCCUGGCGGUUGGUAUCAUGCACCUACUACGCGCCGUGUCACUCCCACCGCUCCGUUCAUUAUCAACCCUGUGGCACGCUCUUCUCCUUCCGGCGUUUCCAGUACUCCUACACCGGAUAGCACCAAGAAACUGACGUCAACACCAAGCGAGUGGUGUAUCCGCCCCGCUGCUGUAGAGCCCUCAGGCUCGGAAAAUACUCUGCCGUCUGUCCAAUGGCUGCGCACCGGCGUUCCCGAACCCGGUGCCUACCUAUCUGCAGACCCACCCAGCUAUACAAACCCCAGCAAUGCCUCCAGCACCGCCAAACCGGCCUCUGCUCCAGGUCCAAAGCCAGACACCCCCAUUGCAAGGAUGAUCCAAGCGCAUGCACAAGCCAGACUUCGAUCAGACAGUACCAGUGCUGGCAGCUCGUCCCCUGCUGGCCCGCGCCCUUCUCCGAGAGUCCAGAUCACCUCCCGACUCCUAAGGCGCCGGAACCCAUUGGGCCAGCCAGGACCGCCCGACCCCGCGCCAGUUACUGUCAGUAGCGGCGAGGAGAGCGAUAUUCCCACGAGUAUCCUGUUUGACCGGCCAGUGGACUGGGAUCAGGGGAAAGCUCCGGGAACGCCGAAGAGGGAGGCUAGGAGGCGCGCAAAGGCCUGA